GUUGUUGUGUCUGUGGAGGUUCACUCUGCCGCAGGCGAGAAAGGAGACGGCAGCUCCUGUGUGAGUUAAGGACGGCCCACUGGGCGGGGCUUUCCCGCCUCCUUAUAUGGAGGCAUGCUGGUCACAUGGUCGAGCCGGUGUCAAAGAGAUAGGAGCACAACUGAGAACUUCGAACCACUGCUCAAACAAGCCAGCGCAGAGGAGGAGAGGCAGAGGGUGAGACGGACAGAUAAGGAGAAACACAGACGCCUCACAUGGUGAGAAAAUGCCCACCAACUUCACCGUGGUCCCCGUGGAUGAUGGCAGAAAGUCCUCUCAGGAAGACUCGGAUGACAACAACGUCCUGAAGGAGGAAGAUGAAGAAGCCGUAGGCGAUGGAAACCCAAGGGAAAGCAGUCCGUUCAUCAAUAACACAGAUGAUGAUAAGGGAAAUCUGUAUGAUGGGAAAAACAUGGCACUUUUUGAGGAGGAGAUGGACAGCAAUCCCAUGGUGUCUUCUCUGCUCAGCAAACUGGCCAACUACACCAACCUCACGCAGGGCGUCCGGGAGCACGAGGAGGCCGACGACGAGGAAGGGGCCAAGAAGCAGGCCGUCAAGAGCCCGCAGAUGGGGACGUUCAUCGGGGUCUACCUGCCCUGUCUGCAGAACAUCCUGGGAGUGAUCCUCUUCCUGCGAAUGACGUGGAUCGUGGGGACGGCGGGCAUCCUGGAGUCCUUCAUCAUCGUGUCCAUGUGCUGCUCGUGUACAAUGUUGACAGCCAUAUCAAUGAGCGCCAUUGCUACAAACGGUGUUGUUCCAGCCGGAGGCUCGUACUACAUGAUCUCUCGUCCUCUGGGCCCGGAGUUCGGCGGCGCGGUGGGGCUGUGUUUCUAUCUGGGCACAACGUUCGCCGGCGCCAUGUACAUCCUCGGGACUAUCGAGAUCCUCCUGACGUACAUUGUGCCGAGCGCUGCCAUCUUCAAGGCGGAGGAGAAGGCCGGGGAGGCGGAUGCUAUGCUGAAUAACAUGCGUGUUUAUGGGACGUGUUGUCUGACGCUCAUGGCUCUCGUGGUGUUCGUCGGUGUGAAGUACGUCAAUAAACUCGCUUUGGUCUUUCUGGCCUGUGUGGUGCUGUCCAUCCUGGCCAUCUACGCCGGGGUCAUCAAAACCAUCUUUGAACCUCCAGUUUUUCCGGUCUGUUUGUUGGGCAACCGCACGCUGCAGAACCACGACUUUGACAAGUGUAUGAAGACAGAAAUAAUAGACAACGUGACCGUGACCACGGAGCUCUGGUCUCUGUUCUGUAAAGGACCGGAGCUCAACGCCAGCUGCAAUGAGUACUUCACCCUCAAUAACGUCACCGAGAUCCAGGGCAUUCCCGGCCUCACCAGCGGAGUCAUUUUAGAGAACAUGUGGGGAAGCUACGGUCCUGCCGGGAUGAUGGUGGAGAAAGCCGUCCCGUCAGUGCCCGCGAGCGACUCGUCUCAGGACCCGUACAUGCCGUACGUGGUGAACGACAUCACUGCCUUCUUCACGCUGCUGGUGGGCAUCUACUUCCCCUCCGUCACAGGGAUCAUGGCUGGAUCCAACAGAUCCGGGGAUCUGAGAGACGCUCAGAGGUCCAUUCCCAUCGGCACCAUCCUCGCCAUCGCAACCACCACCGUCAUCUAUCUGUCCUGUGUGGUGCUGUUCGGAGCCUGCAUCGAGGGCGUGGUGCUCCGAGACAAGUUCGGAGACUCGGUUAAAGGUAAUUUAGUCAUUGGCACGUUGUCCUGGCCCUCUCCCUGGGUGAUCGUGAUUGGCUCGUUCUUCUCCUGCUGCGGGGCGGGGCUUCAGAGUCUCACCGGCGCCCCCCGGUUACUGCAGGCCAUCGCGCGGGACGGGAUCGUGCCCUUCCUCGAGGUGUUCGGUCAUGGAAAAGCCAACGGAGAGCCGACCUGGGCUCUUCUUCUGACCGCUGUGAUCUGUGAAAGCGGGAUUCUCAUCGCUUCUCUGGACGCCGUGGCUCCGAUCCUUUCCAUGUUCUUUCUCAUGUGCUAUCUGUUCGUCAAUCUGGCCUGCGCUCUGCAGACGCUGCUGAGGACGCCCAACUGGAGACCACGCUUCAGAUACUACCACUGGGCUCUUUCGUUUCUCGGGAUGAGUUUGUGUCUGGCCCUGAUGUUCAUCUCCUCGUGGUACUACGCUCUGGUGGCCAUGCUCAUCGCUGGAUGCAUCUACAAAUACAUCGAGUAUCGAGGGGCGGAGAAGGAGUGGGGCGACGGGAUCCGCGGUCUGUCGCUCAACGCGGCGCGAUACGCUCUCAUCCGAUUGGAGGAGGCCCCGCCGCACACCAAAAACUGGAGGCCUCAGCUGCUGGUUCUGCUCAAUCUGGACGCUGAGCUGUCCGUGAAGCAUCCUCGUCUUCUGUCCUUCACCACGCAGCUGAAAGCAGGAAAAGGCCUGACCAUCGUGGGCUCGGUGCUGGAGGGAACCUACCUCACCAGAGACACGGACGCCAAGAGAGCAGAACAGAGCAUCAAGUCAGCCAUGGCUGCGGAGAAGACCAAGGGUUUCUGUCACGUUGUGGUUUCGUCGAACCUUCGCGACGGCUUCUCUCAUCUCAUCCAGUCGGCGGGACUCGGGGGAAUGAAGCACAACUCUGUUCUGAUGUCUUGGCCCGCCAACUGGAAACAGUCCAACGACCCACAGUCCUGGAGGAACUUCAUAGAGACCAUCCGGGAGACCACUGCUGCUCAUCAGGCUCUGCUCGUGGCCAAGAACGUGGACAGUUUUCCUCAUCAGGAGCGUCUCGGGGAAGGAACCAUCGACGUGUGGUGGAUCGUUCAUGACGGAGGCAUGCUGAUGCUCCUGCCCUUCUUACUGCAGCAGCACAAGGUGUGGAGGAAGUGCAAGAUGCGCAUUUUCACCGUGGCUCAGUUGGAUGACAACAGCAUCCAGAUGAAGAAAGACCUGCAGAUGUUCCUCUACCACCUCCGUCUGAAUGCUGAGGUGGAGGUCGUGGAAAUGCAUGACAGUGACAUCUCGGCGUUCACCUAUGAGAAGACGCUGGUGAUGGAGCAGCGCUCACAGAUGCUGAAGCAGAUGCAGCUGUCGAGGACGGAGCGCGAGAGAGAGAUUCAGAGCAUCACGGAUGAGUCGCGUAGCUCCAUUCGGAGGAAGAACCAGAGCGGCGCUCACGGCUCGGCCGUCAAUAACCAGAACGCACGGCUAGAUGACGAUAAACAAGACGAGGCUCAGCUGAUCCACGACAGAAACACAGCGUCUCACGCGGCUCUGAACGACAAGACGGACGUGUCUCCAGAGCGAGUCCACAUGACCUGGACCAAAGACAAGUUCUGCUCCGAGCGCAACCGCAGCCGAGAGCCCAACACUAACAUGGCCGUGAGGGACCUGUUCAAUAUGAAACCCGAAUGGGAGAGUCUGAAUCAGUCUAAUGUGCGCUGCAUGCACACGGCCGUCAAACUCAACGAAGUGGUGGUCAAUAAGUCUCAAGGAGCUCAUCUGGUGCUCCUCAACAUGCCUGGACCACCCAAGAACAGAGGCGGCGAUGAAAACUACAUGGAGUUUAUGGAGGUUAUGAUGGAGGGUCUCAACCGGGUCCUGUUGGUGCGCGGCGGCGGCCGUGAAGUCAUCACUAUAUACUCAUAAAGCGGAUGGCAGGAAUUCAGUUUUCAUUUUUCCCCACAGCGAAGCCGGACAUCAUGGAGACAGCUAGCGGUCAGGUUUCCAGCGGCUGCAUUCAUCACAGGACAGAGACUUUAGCGGCCCUCCUGAAGAGAGACGGCGGGAAGAAACCGAUUCGAGCGAUGAUUCGAUUCGUAACGCGACACUUUAAUUUAUGACUCUUUAAUGGUUUUCUUUCGUCUGUUCGUGCAAUCUGUGCUAGUUUUUAUGUCUGUUCAUUGUGCAACGUCGUUUGGUUUUUCCACAGGCCGAAGGCUUUUUGAAGCGCGGAACGUUUUAUAAAAGUCCCAUUUGAGUUUGUUGCUAACGCUGGUUUAAUAGCAAUCAAUCCGUCUCCAUCCUGCAUUGCUUUUUUAUUCGCGUACGCCUCAAACUAUCGCUUAAUACCCCGAACAACAUCUACUUCUAGCGAGCCGGGCUAAGAAUCCAUUUCCGAGUUGCGAAAACGCACUUUUAUCGUAAUCAAAGGAAUGUUCGAGUUUUUCACGUCGGCUAAUUUUAACAGUAAUGCAGCGAAGAUGAAUGUGUCGGAUGACGUUACUGACUUCAUGAUACGGAUUGUGCAAUAACUUUAACUCGUUAUCAAGUCAUCGCUAGCCGAGCGUUCGCCCAUCGAGGGUUUCGUGCUAUAAAAGUUGAAAUGUUUAACGCCAAGAGCGUUUAAGGAGAAAAGCCAUCAUAUUUGUUCUCAUUGAGUACCGAGAUUGCGUUUUGGCUCCACCUCGGCAUGAAUCGCUGAAAUCAGUUUAUUGAAAGUGAUUUCAGCUGUGUUUGCACUUUGUAUUUGUAUUUUUUCGUUAUAAAAGCACAGGGCCACGGCUGACCCGUCCAGCACGACGUUUGCUGAUGAUCAGACCCAGCGCAACGAAAUCUCCCAGUCUCAGCAAUAAACGUGUUUUCACAUGAGCUGGAGCGAAACUCGGUCUCUGUCUCGACAUUCGUGACGUUUUUUGGGUUGCCAGUUAUAUUAAACGUGGAGGAUCCUUAACUAACCGGCAUUACUAGUACAACCGUCGAGUUAACUGUUAGGAUUGUUAGCUAGGGCGUUACCAAAUGCAACGGCUGUUUGUUUGUUCGAGUGACCAGAGAGCUGGACGUCUGCUCAACCAAUGGCAUGAGUUCAGGGGCGGAGCUAUUGGUUUUUUGGGGGUGUGUUAAAUAUUUGUUUAGAAAUGACACAUUUCGCCAGGUUUAGAAAUUAUCGAAGACAAUCAGAAAGCAAUUUUGGAAAGAUUUACGUUUUGUUUUCGCUGCUCGUUAGUAGCUUCCCAUGCGAUGAAGUCGCACCUGUUUGUGACGCAUCCGAUUGGUCCAAAAUCACUGCGCGUUAAACGGCUGACGCAUUCUGAUUGGCUGUUUUUUUGAACUGAUUGACAGUUGUCGCAUGUGAAGUACACUGCCGUUCAGAAGCUUUAUUUAUUUUAUUUUUUUUAUAGAAAUAUACUUUCAUUCAGCAAGGACAUUAAACUGACCAAAAGUGGCAGAUAAAGACAUUUAUAAUAUCGCUAAAUAUUCCUAUUUUUAAAUAAAUAAGCGUUCUAUUCACCAAAGAAUCCUGAAAAAAAACCGCUGAUGAUGAUCUCAAAUGAUUUUUCGAGCAGCCAAUCAGCAUAUUAGAACGAUUUCUGAAGGAUCACGUGACACUGAAGCCGACGCGUCUUACAUGUGUUCACGGCGAAAACGGUUAUUUUAAUUUCUAAUGAUAUUUCGCUCUUAUACUGUAUUUUUGAUCAGCCUUGACGAGCAGGAGAGACACCUGACCCCAGACUGUUUGAACGGUAGCAUCUAAUUGAUAAUUAUAGGAAGAUGUGUGCCAAAAUGAAAUGAAACCCGUUAGCGGUGCAGGGUUUUGUUCCCGGGAUGUUAUUACUGUGUUUUCUACAGUGUGUCGUGACGUAGAGGAGGCGUGUCAUCUCGUGCUCUGUGAGGAUGUAGUUUCUGCUCAGCUGUGGACAGUGUUUUCCUUUAGGACAAAUCGUGACUAUUAGGGCAUGGAAAAUGUUUUUUUUAUUUUACUUGGUCAUUUCUACAUGCCAUAGUUUUCUGUCUUUGUAAAUUGUUUUUUUGCACCAAUUCAACAUACACGCGUACAGCUACAGAUUUCCCUUCGUUUUCUCGUUCACCAAAGACACACGUCGAGAGAUGUGGCGAUCGCAAAUGUAAAUAUCCGAGUAAAACGACAGCUGAAGAGCAGAGGAUGACGACGACGAAGGCUAUCGAGAUUUCCUCGCGUAGAGCGUUGAAGCGUAGAAGAAGAAAAAAAUCCGCGGGCGUGCAUUCGAAUAGAAUUCUAAGUUCUACGCAGAUUUUGGGCACAAUUUAUAGCGAUAGGACAUAUAACCGGCGGGGGCUCGAACUGCUGUUUUUAAAAUCGUGACGUAACAUUGUAGCAUUCUCUGUUGCUUUUAAGAAUUCUAAAACUUUUUAGAUUUUGAAAAUCUAAAAAAAAAAAGCCCCAUGUGUAUACCAUGUAUUGAUAGACGCUGAGUGUUUUCAGUUACGUAAAAACCAUUUGGGUGCGUGUCAUGUUUUUAAUCCGUGUUUUCAGAGAUGUGAGCGGGCCGUGUUUCUGUCUGUAGGUCACUCGAUGUCAUCUACCUCACGGUGUGUGAUCGGCCCGGUGUUGCACGAUGGGUCAUGCUUGUGUUGUUUUUUAUUUUGUUUAAAUGAGAAUCAUCUGUCAUUUUAGAAAUCCUGUCUAUCUGAAAGAAGUGUGUGUGCGUGCGUGUGUGUGCGCGUGCGUGCGUGCGUGUGUGUGUGUGUGUGUGAGACGUGCGUCACAGACUCUGGUAGGAUGUUUCUCGUGGGUGUGUAGUGAAGGAUCUCCCUUUAAGUGAAAUUCGUGCCUCUGAGUAAUGGAAAUAAAAGUGCUACAUGA